UUUUUAUUUUUUUUGUGUACGCGAAAAAUUGGUAGUUAAUGUUCAAGCAAGCACGUACUAUCACGACAGCGCAUUCGUAUGUCAUGUCUUCAUUGACCUAAACUGAGUCAAUGGAUCUCUGAGGAAUCUCUAUGCGAAUGCAUCUAUAUAUGUGGAGCUAAGUUGCCAUAAUUCAUAGACCUCACCUACCAAAAUCUUUAAUCUUGAGUAUCGUCUGCAAUUUACUCUGGAGCCAUGAGUAAUAAUACCACAGUACCGAUAGCGUACCUAAACAACACUUCCUCGGUGCCUGACUGGCUAAACAAAGGCGACAACGCAUGGCAGAUGAUGGCGGCCACGGUGGUGGGGAUGCAGAGUGUCCCGGGCCUCGUGAUCCUCUACGGAAGCAUUGUCAAGAAAAAAUGGGCCGUGAAUUCGGCUUUCAUGGCUCUCUAUGCAUUCGCAGCAGUCAUAAUUUGCUGGGUGACAUGGGCUUACAAGAUGUCGUUUGGCGAAAAGCUUCUGCCGUUUUGGGGAAAAGCUGGGCCAGCUUUAGGCCAGAGGUUCUUGAUCGGCCAAGCUGAGUUGCCAGCCACACGACACAAUUAUGACAAUGGCACGGAACAGAUGCCUAUGAUCGAGCCGUACUUUCCCAUGGCGUCUAUGGUUUGGUAUCAGUGCGUGUUUGCUUGUAUUACUCUGAUCUUGUUGGCUGGCUCGUUGCUGGGGAGGAUGAACAUCAAGGCUUGGAUGAUGUUCGUGCCUCUCUGGUUGACGUUUUCGUACACUGUGGGAGCGUUCAGCUUGUGGGGCGGCGGAUUCUUGUUCCAAUGGGGCGUUAUCGAUUACACUGGUGGCUACGUUAUCCAUCUCUCUUCUGGUAUCGCUGGAUUAACCGCUGCUUAUUGGGUCGGGCCAAGGUCGAGGGCAGACAGGGAGAGAUUUCCACCAAACAAUAUAUUGCUGAUGUUGGCCGGAGCAGGACUGCUGUGGAUGGGAUGGGCUGGUUUCAACGGAGGAGGGCCUUACACGGCGAACAUAGACUCGUCAAUGGCGAUUCUGAACACCAACAUAUGUGCAGCGACUAGUUUACUAGUGUGGACAUGGCUGGAUGUGAUCUUCUUCAAAAAACCUUCAGUGAUCGGAGCUGUUCAGGGCAUGAUCACCGGCCUCGUUUGCAUUACUCCUGGUGCAGGUCUUGUGCAAGGAUGGGCAGCGAUUGUAAUGGGAAUUCUCUCCGGCAGCAUUCCGUGGUUCACCAUGAUGGUUGUCCACAAAAGAUGGACUCUGCUCCAGAAAAUCGACGACACACUCGGCGUCUUCCACACUCACGCCGUCGCUGGCUACCUAGGCGGUUUUCUCACAGGGGUUUUCGCAGAGCCAGCACUCUGCAGAUUGUUCCUGCCAAUACCAGAUACCAGGGGUGCAGCCUACGGAGGUGGUUCUCAGAUGGGUAAACAGCUUGUUGGCGGUGGUUUUAUCAUUGGCUGGAACAUUGUUGUCACGUCGAUAAUCUGUGUCGUUAUAAGUUUCAUAAUGCCACUACGAAUGUCCGAAGAACAGCUGGUCAUUGGAGAUGAUGCGGUGCACGGAGAAGAGGCUUAUGCAUUGUGGGGAGAUGGGGAGAAAUAUGAUGAAACUAAACAUGGGAUUCAUUCUGUGGAUGAAGGAGAGCAUUUCAAACCUUCCAUUGGGGUGACUCAAGUUAUGUGAUACAUGUAAUCCUGUUCAGAAAAACGUGUUAUGUAUAGCUCGAAACUACUCGAUUAUAUUUUGAAUAUGCUUACUACUUUGUAAUCUUCACUCUUUUACUUUCAUCAUACAGUAUAUUCAAAAUGUAUUUAAUUCCAAAUUCUAUGUAUAGUGAUUUUCAGUAUCUAUCUACUGUAAUUUUUAGAUA